CUUGCCAAACUCCCUGUGCCUAUAUUGGCAAGGUGAGGUUGUCCUAUGAGAUAAUACAAGGGCUCAAGCUCAAGCUCAAGCUGACUCUUCCCCUUCAUCGAAAUUUUCAAGCAUUGUUUGUCGUGAAAGCCAUGAAGAUACGAGCGUUGUUCUUGGUCUGCUGCCUCUCUUCGCAGUCCGUUGUGUCGACCCCUGGGCGCUACGAUGCGAUCUUCAACUUCGGCGACUCUCUGAGCGACACCGGAAACUUUGUCCGGACCAGGGCACUCGCUUUUCCAGUCAUCAGGACGCUCCCUUAUGGGGAGACUUUCUUCCAUCAUGCGACGGGCCGCUGCUCAGAUGGACGCCUCGUCGUCGAUUUCAUAGCCGAGGCACUUGGACUGCCAUAUCUUCCACCGUAUCUGGCAGUAGCCAAAGGUCCACCUGUCCGUACGGGAGUGAACUUCGCAGUUGCUGGUGCUUCAGCAAUCGACUCGUCUUUCUUCAAUGCUCAGGGCAUUGUGUUGUGGACAAAUGACUCGAUGAGCGUUCAGCUUGGCUGGUUCAAGAAUUUGAAGUCAUCUCUAUGCACCACCAAACAUGAAUGUGAUGAAUACUUUAAGAAGUCACUGUUUCUGGUGGGGGAGGUUGGUGAAAAUGACUACAACUUUCCCUCUAGUUUUGGUUGGACCAUUAAACAGCUACGUCAUUUGGUACCGCAAGUUGUUGGAGCCAUUACUCGGGCCGUCGAUAAUUUGAUAGAAGAAGGGGCUGUGGAUCUAAUGGUGUCGGGACAGCUACCGAUUGGCUGCUUCUCCUUGUAUCUAGUUCUGUUUCAAAGCGCCAAUAAAUCGGCAUAUGACCCAAGAACCGGGUGUCUCAAGGCUUAUAAUGCUUUUGCCAAGUAUCACAAUAACUACCUCAAGCAAGAACUGCAAGUUUUGAGAGAAAAAUACCCUCAUGCAAGAAUCAUGUACGCCGAUUAUUAUGGUGCCUCCAUAUCUAUCUAUCGUACUCCAAAACGCUACGGCUUUUAUGGAGGGACACUAAGCGCUUGUUGUGGAGGAGGCGGUCCAUACAACCUCAAUAAGUCAGCAAUAUGUGGUCAACCCGGCUCAACUGUUUGCAAAGAUCCAUCGGCUUUCGCCAAUUGGGAUGGGGUUCACUUCAGCGAGUCUGCUUAUCAUCACAUCGCCAAAGGGUUGAUUUACGGUGGCUUCACAUAUCCACCACUCCUAGCUUAACUUAAUUACUUACAUUAUAAAAUAAAAUGCAUUUGGACGUUUGCGUCUAUCGAAGGUCACGUGCACGGUUCUGUAAUAACCAAGUUUGAUAUGUUGCAUGUAUAUCACAUAUAUAUUGGCUUAAGCUUCCAAAUUUACACCCUAUUUCUCUAGAUCAAAUUUACU